CAAUAUGGCGGAUGACACGUUUAUACGGCCAUGCCAAAGUGGAAAAGAUUCUUACCUGUUUGAUAUGGCUGGAGACAAUGUUAAAUGGAAAACAAUAUCUCUAACUCACGUUGAAUAUCCUGAAGGAGACAUUGUUGGAAAGAUCUUAGCAUGGCUUAGUUUGCUUCCUAUUUUUAUCGUGGUUGGUUUUAUAACGUUAAUAGUCUUCCGGCGAGAAAUACACACGAUGACAUUCUUUGGUGGAAUUUUAAUAAAUGAACUUGUUAAUAUGAUGGUGAAACACACCUUGGCACAUCCUAGACUCUGUGGAGAUCAUUUGUUCCCAAAUUCAAGCCAUGGAAUGCCUUCAGAUCAUUCUCAGUUUAUGGCGUUCUUUGCCGUCUAUUCUGUGUUGUUUAUAUAUGUGAGACUCCUCCAUUUUUCUCAGUCAACUACCAUGUGGGAUGAUUUAAUAGAAAAUUUAUGGCGUCAUGUAGUAGCAGUUGGCGUUGUGUUAGUUGCUGUUGCUGUUGGAUUUAGUAGGAUUUACCUUAGAUACCACACACCACAUCAAGUGGGCUAUGGCUUCUUAUUGGGAUGUGGAUUGGGUGCUGCUUGGUUUAUGUUCACGCAGACUGUUCUAACACCUCUCUUUCCAACAAUAACAACCUGGCCCCUCUGUGAAUAUCUAAUGAUCCGUGAUUCAACUUUGAUCCCAUCAGUGAUGUGGUUUGAAUACACACAGUCAAGAACAGAAAUGAAAAAACGACAGAGAAGAGGCUCACACAACAAUUAUUUCAAGUCACAUACCUCCUGAAAGAAGGAAUAAUGAUCAAAGAGUAUAAGACGUACCAUGAGCGCUCUGUGAUAGACAGAAAUGUAUCAGAUACCUUUUCUAAUUAAUCAACUACAUGUACAAGAAGGUUGAAAUCAACCCCUCAUGUUAUGAUUAACUAAGAAUGAUCCUCUGGUAUGAUAGUGGUUCUCUGUUAAUGCAAGCCAUCACCCAGUGAACAUUUUAAACCAGAUUACUUAGUGUUGGCAAACAUAACAUACAUGUAGGCCGUAUAACUGCGGUGGGUAAUAAAUUUGUUAUCAAAUAUAACCCCUAAAACUGAAACACUUUCAGCCGCAUAACAGGCACAGGCAGAUAUAUAUCUAUGGUGUAAGUUUUGGGGUCCAUAUACCCAUGGGCAGUUUUUUUGCAUUUACCUCCCC